AUUCAGUCUUAGUUGAGAGUCAAUAAUGAUAGGUGUAUGCGGUUUUUUCAAAAUUUUUGCUAUAACUUUGAGUAGCUGUGUCUUGUUUAAACUUAUCGAGAGAUUUUUAAGAUCAUUUUACAUUAAAGAUAGAACUAAAAAGCAUGUUCUAAUCACAGGAUGCGAUUCAGGUCCUGGUUAUCUUUUGGCCAAAAAGUUGGACACACAAGGAGUUUUUGUCAUUGGAACGUGUGCCACUGAAGAAGGGGUUGACAGAUUACAGAACGAAUGCUCAAGUCGUCUAAAAGCUGUUAACUUAGACUUGUCGAAAGAGGAUGACAUUGAAGAUUUUUCUGAAUAUUUAAAAAGUGAGCUAGAUGGAAUAGGACUUCAUGCUUUAGUUAAUAAUGAAUUGGCGAACGAAACUGUCUAUACGGAUUUUGACAAUUUAAAUAUUGAUGACUAUAAAAAAGUUUUUGAAGGGCAUAUUUUAGCGGUUGCCAACAUGAGUUCAAAAUUUCUACCUCUACUUAUUAAAGGCAGAGGAAGAAUUGUUAAUGUAACAUCAACUGCCGGAAGACUUAUUAAACCGACUUCGCAUAGUGUACCAAGUUGUAUGAGCCUAGCAGCAACAGAAGCAUUAUCAGACUGUUACAGAAUUGUUAUGAAAUUACACCGUCAGCCAGUUUCUGUUCACGUAAUUGAACCAGGCGAUUUUAGGCUAGAGGAUUUGGAAAAGAAGAAGGAGAAAUAUGAAGCAGGUUUUAAACGUUUAACCAAGGCUGAAUUUAAAAAACAGGAAGAAGAAGAUAAAAUAAACUUAAUUGGAAGAAUUCAAUUUAUAAUAAAUGAACAAGCUUCAGAUAGACUAGACAUGAUAGUUGAUGCUUAUGAACACGCAAUAUUUGCUAAAUGGCCAAAGAAAAGAUAUUCAAUUAAUAACAAGCUUAACAUACUUCUCUCAUAUUUUCCAUCAUUCAUAAGCGAUUAUCUCAUAAUAAAUCAAUAUAGAAAAUUUUAUAAUAAAGCUAAAAAAGGAAAAGGAUCAGGUAUAUUUGAUAUCAACUCAACAUCAAAGAAUUAA